ACAUCUUUCCCGGAGCUGUAGUCAGUGAGGUGGCCGGACCAAUUCUCCUCCAUGGAUUCUCGAAACGACGAGGAGACGCCGUUGGUCUCUUCCUCUGGUGAGGAUCGGAAAGUCAGAGGUGGAAAGAGCUACACAAGGGAUGUUCAUAUCCUCAGCAUCUCCUUUCUCUUAAUCUUUCUCGCCUAUGGUGCUGCUCAGAACCUUGAAACUACCGUUAAUAAGGAUUUGGGAACAAUAUCUCUAGGGAUAUUAUAUGUGUCCUUCAUGUUUUGCUCCAUGGUUGCGUCUUUGGUUGUCCGGUUAAUGGGAUCAAAGAAUGCUCUGGUUUUAGGAACUACUGGAUAUUGGCUCUUUGUCGCUGCCAAUCUGAAGCCAUCAUGGUUUACUAUGGUACCGGCCUCUUUAUACCUUGGAUUUGCAGCUUCAAUUAUAUGGGUUGGCCAGGGAACUUACCUUACUUCAAUUGCGAGAAGCCAUGCUAAAGAUCAUGGCCUGCAUGAAGGUUCGGUAAUCGGUGUCUUCAAUGGGGAAUUUUGGGCUAUGUUUGCCUGCCACCAGCUGUUUGGGAAUCUCAUCACACUUGCAUUGCUGAAAGAUGGAAAGGAAGGAAGCACCAGUGGCACUACCUUAUUGAUGUUGGUGUUUCUCUUCAGUAUGACAUUAGGAACAAUACUUAUGUUCUUCAUUCGGAAAAUUGAUGGAGAAGAUGGAAAAGAACCUGUGGGUUCUCCUGUGGGCUUAGUUGAUUCCUUGGUUUCUCUUCCAAGGAUGAUAAUCACUCCUCUUCUCGAUAUACGGAUGCUACUGAUUGUCCCUCUCCUUGCAUAUUCAGGAUUGCAACAAGCAUUUGUUUGGGCUGAGUUUACAAAGGAAAUUGUUACGCCAGCGAUUGGUGUCUCAGGUGUCGGUGGGGCAAUGGCAGUCUACGGAGCUCUUGAUGCAGUUUGUUCAAUGACUGCUGGACGGUUUACCUCUGGUCUGUCAUCAAUCACCUUCAUAGUUUCUGGUGGCGCUGUUGCACAAGCUUCUGUAUUUCUCUGGCUUCUUCUUGGGUACAGGCAAACUAGCGGAGUACUUGGCACAGCUUACCCACUUAUAAUGGCGGCGAUAUUAGGAAUUGGUGACGGAAUAUUAAAUACUCAAAUCAGUGCUCUUCUCGCAUUACUCUUCAAACAUGACACGGAAGGAGCGUUUGCGCAGCUAAAAGUAUGGCAGAGCGCAGCAAUAGCAAUAGUGUUCUUCCUAAGUCCGUACAUAUCACUGCAAGCAAUGCUCAUAGUGAUGCUGGUUAUGAUCUGUGUUUCACUCCUCUCUUUCCUGUUUUUAGCUCUUAAGUAUUUCACGAGUUCCCUGCUCUUCCAGAAUUCUCUCUUCACGAAAUUCUCUGCGCUUUCGAAGAUGUUUGAUGAUCAAGAUCUGGGCUUCUUUGCCAAUUUCCUGGGAAUCUUCAUCUUCAUACUGGUGAUAGCCUACCAUUUCGUCAUGGCUGACCCUAAAUUCGAAUAGAUAUGAGGUUCAAGUUCAAUCAUUGUUGGUUUCUACAAUCAUCUGUCAGACUCAACAUGUCAUUCGCAUUCCAUACUUGAAGAUGUUUUUUGUAGCUCUUAAGGAAGAUGUUUAAGCUCGCUCUUGUAAUACUUGGUUUUAGCUGCAGAAAUCUUUUUUGUAGUGCUGUUAUUCAUAUACUUUGGUAAUUCUCUAUAAAAGGCUUGUUUCUAG